ACUGGCAAUGUUACAACAGAGAAACACCAAUCAAUAAGAAUAGAAAUGUAGAAACACUAAUUAUUUUUAUUUGGUGAAAAGUUUCAUAAAUAUUUUUAAUCAAAAUAACAAAUAAAAUCGAGCUUCCUCAUUAUUUAUAAAAAAAAUUUAAUGUUAAGCUAAAUGGCGUUGCUUCUAAAACAAUAUAAAGGAAACCACGACGAUGGCAACUACAAUUUAUAUUUAUACCUAUUGUGUGCAUUACUAAUGCAAAUAACAAUAACCGAAGGUGAAGAAAGUCUUGUGGCUUUAAAAGAGCAAGGAACAGUUAAGAAGCAACUAAAAUAUGAUCCAGCAACGCAAUCACCCUUCGUAGAAACGAAUCCUCCUACUGACAACGAAAAACCUGUCGCAAUUGAAGAAGUGAGACAUGAAGACUUCGAAGAAUCUUUUCCUUCAAAAACAAAAGAGCAAUUUGAACAACAACAGCAACCAUCUGCAAAAAUUAUCGAAAAGUUUGAUGUAGGAAAACAGAUUUCUUUCCAUCAAGAAACUAUCAUGAAAGAGAACGAAGACAUUUCAAAUUCUUUAAAAGCCGGUUUCUACUUUUUUUUAGCCUUAAGUUCCUCAGCUGUAAUAUUUAUUUUGUAUAAAGUUUACAGGUUACGCUUAUCGCGUGCCGAACGCAAGUACGGUGUGCAAGGCGAUCGAAGUACUCAGGAGCUUACACCAUUGCCUAUGGCGAUCGAUGAUGGCCACAGUGAUGAUGAAGAUCAAACUCUCUUUGAUGUUCAACGUCAGCAAUUGAGAAUUUUAUAAAUAGCUUUUAUAUGUAUGUAUACAUAUAUAUACACAUAUAAUACACAGAUAAGUAAGCCUACAUAUAAAUUUUUUUAUGAACAUUUACAAAUUGACUCCAGCAGUCAUUGUUCGUCCUUAAAAAAUUGUCAUGAUACGUUAUCCUCUUUCCCACUUACAAACUAUCUCA